AUGCAAUUUACUCCAAAAGUAAAUGAGUUCAACUAUGAAAGACCUACGAUAAAAAUUUAUAAACUAAGUUAACAGGUAGUAUUAAAUAGAGCUGUUUCUGAGUAAAAAUUGAGAAAAUCUAGAGCAGUUUCAGAUAUGUAAAAUUAUUCUUCAAAGCAGAUUGAUUUUAAAGAAGAAAUGAAAAAGCUUGAGAUAAUUUAAAAACCAUAAGAGCUAAAAAGAGAAAUAUUUAAAUAAAUAAAAUAAACUUGUCAAGAGUUUAGAAAUGUUGAAAGGGAAAGAGAUGGAUCAUUAUGGGUGAAAUCAUAUUGUACAAAUGAAAAAAUUAAAAUAAGUAAAUUAUAUUAAGGUAUUAAAAAUACACAAACAAUUGAUUAUAAAAAUUUUAAUUAAAGAAGAAAUAGUAAUGCAUAUAUAAAACCUAAAAAGAAAACAGUUGAAAUUCUUUAAUCUUGUUAGUAAUAAAAUAGUAAACCAAGAACUUAAUAAUUAAGAUUGAGAUUAAAGAGUAAAAAUGUAUUUUAAGAUACUAAUUAAUAAAAUGGAUAUUACACAGCGAGAGAAUGUUAAUAGAAUUUAGUAACCUAGUAAUUAAAUAAUGAUACAACAAAAAUUAAAAAAGAAGUAGUAAAUGAUAAAGAUAUGGGAGUCUUUGAUGAAAUGUUGAAAUUUUACAAUUAAGAAAGGAUUGUUACUAUAACACAAGACAUAAUGCGUAGAAAAGUUGAUUUCAAAAAAAUAUAAAAUGAGUUAAAAAGGACUCUAUAAUAUAUUAGUAGAUUAAAUUUGGAUAUUUAUUAGGCAUUUAGUGAUAAAGUGAUAAGUACUAAACCAUUCUAAAAAAAGCAUUCUUAUGAAUUUAUUUAAGCUGCAAAGUAAGGAAAAGAAUGGGAAGUAAAAGAGUUUAUAAAAGAUAACAAAUAUUUGGUUUACGAUUUUGAUUAUGUAAGUGUGAUUCAAAACACUUAUAGAUUUACAUGACGGCUUUACAUUGGGCUUGUAAGAGAGAGCAUUUUGAAAUUGUUAAGCUAUUAAUAGAAAAUGGUGCUGAUAUUGAAUUUUAAGAUAUCAUAGGAAGACCAACACUAUAUUUUGCUAUUAUAGGUGGAGAUCCUAAAAUUGUGAAAUAUAUUUUAGAUAAAAAGGCAGAUCCUUGGUCAACAGCUGCUGUAAAUUACAAUUAAUUAUGUAUGGAAUACAAUCCUUCUCUUUUAUAAUUAAUUGCACAAGCAAGAAAGGCUCAUAUCACUUUAAAAAUGACACCUCCAUUAUAAAGAGAAACAAUUUGGAAAAUAUUAAGAAGAUGA